AUGCAAAACUUGUUUGAAGUAAAAAUCAAGGUUGCUAAACCAACUUUGGGGUUCCCGUUCCUCACAACUUCUUUGAGCCUAGAUUUAGCUGCUAAGGUGCACAAGGUGAAGUUUGGGAUUUUGGGCAGGAGAGGAUGGAAUUGUUAUAAUGGUUGCAAACGUAUGGUUGCUGAUGGUAGCACGUUACCUUGGUGUACUAAUCCUAUGGUUGAAGAUGAUAAGGUUGGAAAGGAAAGGACUUGUGGCAGAAGGGCAAUGGUGGUUGAACAGAGAAAUGGUGAAACUAGUAUGUGCUUGGAUCCAAUGGGUCCAAGUUCCAAACAAAUGGACCAAGGUCCGAUUAACAGUAGCACAGUUAUUUUGGCUUAUAAGAUGAAAAUGAGGGGACGAGACUUGGUUGAAGACUUCGUCGAGUUUAUAGCUUCUCAAACGAUUUAUGGGAGAAGGGCUGAGUUUGACUCGAAGACUAAGAGAAUGGAGACUAGGGCUGAUUCUAGAAAAGGAGAAGGCCUUAAUAGAAACAUGCUAUGGAAUUUGGAGGAAAGACAAAUGAAGCAAUUGAAAUCUAAUCCCAUCGAUGAAAGGGAUUUCGACAGAAUCGAUCAACUACAAGCUCUCAAUGCUCUCCUCCUCAGAGAUGCAAGGGGUGAAGAGUUAGAAGAAGGCAUUUUUAAUGCAAAUGAGGUUCGAUUUGAAGGAGACCUGUCCUUUAAGUGUAAUGAUUCACUAGCAGACCCUGAAGGAAUGGAAUGGGGAGCUCUUAGGAGAAGUCGAGGGUGGUUGAUUCCCUUAUUGGAAUUGGGGAGUUGUUGGGGAGUUGUUGAUGAGAAGGAGGUUGAAUUCAAUGCUACUAAUGCCCAGGUACAGUCUGACCAAGAGCUACUAUCUGGGAGGUGGCUUAAAUCUCUGGAUGGGUGUCUUGGGCUUAAAAAAUCAUCUAAAAUGGGGGAAUUCAUAAGAUGGGACUGGGAAAAUGGAAAAAUUAUGGGGAACAGAGAGGAGGGGGGUUGUUAG